UCGGAGUAUGGUUAUGAAGUUUUGGAUAUUCGAAAUCGCCGUGUUAUAUGCUCUAGAUGGAUUCGAGUGGAUCGAGCCCACACGAGCCUACUCGUCUCACAACGUAACGACAUGCGAGGAAUUCGAACGAGACGCCCAAUUUCGUCCAAAAGAUAUUGUGAAAUUUGCGUGGAAAAUCAUAUAUUUUUGGUCUGACACUGUCGAAACGAAUCCUAUUAUAUUUUCUUUGUUGGAUAGUAAGAGGUUGGAGAAUUUCAAGGUGGUGGUGGAGACGGUGGCUCCGGAGCUGCGGCACAUGGAGUGGUACAAGGCGAUGUUCAUGAUGGUGCCGCGGCCCGGGGUGCAGGUGGUGUUCGUGGACGGGGGCACGCCGGGGGCCUUCCGCGGCGUCGUCAAAAUUGAGCAGCGGGAUAAACCGCGGCCGUACCCCCAGCCCCUCAUAAAACUCGCCGACGUUCGGAUGAAGCAGAAAGGAGGUUACUUGGGCAUGAUGUGCUGCGAAGAUCUGACCGCCUUCGUGAUGGCCAGCUUGGAUAACCUGCCGGCGACGGAGGAGGAAUGCAAGGCUGCCGCCGCUCUGCUCGAUCUCAAAGGCCCCGAUGGUCGGUCGUAUUUUUACUUGAAGAAUAUUACUCGCAAUGAGCUGUGAAAUAAAUACAUAAUAAUAUUUA